ACCUCUGUGUUUCCGGCUAGGAUACCCCUUUAGCGAGCACUACCCUGCAUAAUAGGGGUGCUAACAGCCUGUAAAUUGCUCGCCGCCUGCAAUCUCGGGGCGUGCAACGCUAAUUUUUCCCAUGCUGACGUAACUCCGACCCCUAAAUCAAUGAAAAGGCUCGCCUCCCUCAUGCCUCAUGUUGAUUCCCGCAUCUUUUCACCUCGGUCGCUUGCUACCUGAACAACAAAUCACCUCCAAAUACCUUUCGAGGAUAAUCUCUCGAACUUAGAACAUCACGAUAAAAUUUGCUCACCAACGACCACUGUUCGAAACAAACCAGAUUCAAUAAUCGACAUUCUCAAACUCUCUUGUCUCCGGGUCUCCUUCCGCUACUGUAGCUCAAAGAUACUCUUUCAGAAGCGCACGCACUCAAAAUGUCAACAACCUCAACCUCGAUCUCAACCUCACCCUCACCCUCACCCUCAACUCCCACUCAGACACCAACCCCCCUCCAAACAUUCCACCUCUUCCCCCACCUCCUCCCCGAACUCCGCACCCUCAUCUGGACCUUCGCCUCCCGCGCCCCGCGCACAAUCCGCAUCCACUCCAGCACCACCUCCUCCAAUAAUAAUCCGGAUCCCGGCUACUACACACGCACACCCGCACCCGCCAUCACACGCGCAAACCGGGAAUCCCGCACCCGUAGCUCCUACAAGAGAUCCUUCACCCAUCCUUCCAGCGAGCGGUACAUCUGGACGAACUUCACCACCGACACGAUCCACGUGCUGAGCACGGUGUUCUGGAACCUCGAGAGUCUACCUCUUGAUGAGAUUGUGCAUUUGAGGAUUGAGCUGUUGGAUGAGAGGGGGGAGGAGGUCGUGGAGGAUUGGUGGCAUCAUCACCUUCCCUUGAUUCCGAGUUCAUUCCCGGCUCUGAAAACAGUGGAUUUACUUGUUCCCAGAGAAUUAAGGUUCUAUUGUCCGGGGUAUAUCGAAGAUGCGUAUUUUGGAGAGGGGUGUUCGAAGGAGGAGGGGGGGGAUGUGAGGAUUGUGAGGCUGGGGACGGGGGAGUGGGUGGAUGGGGGGAUGGUGGGGGUUUAUGCGGAUUGGGUGGAGAGUUUUGGGGGGGUGUAUGAGGAGGGGAUGACGAGGGUGGUGGAGUGGGAUGUGGAUGAGGGGACGAGGAGGGAGAGGAUGGAGGAUGUGAGGGCGUUGGAGAUGCCGAGGCCGAGGGUGGAUUUGGGGUAUCCGUAGGGUUUGAAGGGACGGGAGGGUUGGGGAUGGGAGGGUCUGGAAUUCAAAUAGGGAUGGAACCAGAAAGGGAUAAUGAGGAAGAUGAUGAUAAGAGAAAUUGAAUUUGUGAAAUUAGUUGCGCUUGAUAGAUACCAGAAAACUUAUCCUAAUUAAAUCCCAAGAUACGUUCAUAUCCGCAAUUCUAGCAGGACCAGGAGAGUGAUAGACGGGUUAGCGAUGGCAUUGAGAACGUG